AUGAGUGGUGAAUCGAAUAAUACGUUCCCCUGUGCAUAUGAUCUCAGCGAUUAUGUCCAUAAUGGACAAUACAAUACGCAACUACAUACGAAUACUUCGCUUGUAAAUGAAGUAAAUACAAUACCCGUGGCCGAACCCACCUCGGAUCAUGGGACAAUCUCAAUAGGCAUUGAUUGCAACUUGGACCGGUAUUUGAAUUGCCCCUUUGGUACGUUGGCGCAGGGCACCUUUCUCGAUCUUAACGCUGAGGAAAAAUCUGGAUUGGCACACGCUAUCGCUUAUCAAUGCAUUGGCAGUAGCGACACGACGUUAUCGGACACAAAUAGCAACGGUGGCAAGCAAAGGGUUCGAGUAGAGAAGAAAUCUCAACGGCAGGCCUCAGGACCGUACUAUAACCAUGAGCGCUUUUCUUCGGGCCCUGGAGACAAUUUCUCUCCACAUCAGAAGGCCUCGCAUCUUCUAGAAGUGCCGACAGUGGAUACACGACUUAAAGCCCAUGUACUGACAAGGGCACUGUCGCACGUGCAACCUCCAACACGACUACCGCCAAUGCCCUGGCAUCAGCAUCCGCUUCGCCCGCAACCGGGUGCGCAGGGAACAGAAGCCCAAUCAUAUUCAACCCAUUUGUCCCAGCAAGUGCGAAAUCAUGGAUUAAUUGCAGUAGCUAAAAGUUUCUUUAUUAUCCAACCAGCACACCAGCCAGCUGCGGAUAGAGUCGAUUCCUUGAGUGAUGGCAGUCAGCUUGCAACUGCUGACCCUGAUCUCACUGUCAGGACCCAAAAGUCUUUGCCCGAGGAAAGGAGACAGGCACACUUGUAUGUCAUUUGCAAUUACGAACUUCUGGACAUGUGCGUCCCGCAACCGCAUAUGCUGUGGAAUAGUGGUAGUGAGUGA